AUGACUUCAUUGAAGUCGAGAUGCAUGCGGCGGGGCUUAACUUCAAGGAUAUCCUUGGCCGGCUGUCGUUAUCCAUGGAGCCCUCCAAUCGCAAUGCCUCCUAUCGCGCGUUGGAUGCUGUCGCAUGACAGUGUGACGCCACAGAUUACGGCGCAACUCAUGACCAAGCUGUUUGAGCUGCUUGCUUCUGGCAGUGUCAGGCCCAUCGAGCCCCGCACUGUCUUCCCCUACCAGGACAUCGCCGGGGCCAUCCGGUACAUGCGAGGAGGUGAACAUAUAGGAAAGAUCAUUAUUUCGCGGGAGGCGCCGGACAACGAUCCCAACGUGCCGGAACAGAUUGUGCCUGCACCCACGCAACUUCGGUUACGCGACGAUGCCACCUACCUCAUCGUGGGAGGGCUCCGCGGCCUAUGCGGCAGUCUGGCCGUCUACCUCGCCUGCCACGGAGCCAAGCACCUUGCUGUGAUGUCCCGCAAUGGCUGUAAUGUCCCGCAAUGGCUUCGAGGAUUCACGGUCACGCAGCGUAAUCCGCGACCUCAUCUCCCUGGGAACUCGCGUCGAGCUGGUGCAGGGCGACGUCUCGUGCCUCAAGGAUGUGCGUCGUGCGUUCCGACAAGCCGUGAAACCAGUGAGAGGGAUCAUUCAGGGUGCAAUGGUUUUGAAGUCGACGGCUUCCGCGACGUCCUCCCCUGCAAGGUUCCCGGCACAUGGAAUCUUCACGCGGUCGCCCAGGAGCAGGGCGGCGUUGACCUGGACUUCUUCACUCUCCCUUUCAGCAUUUCCGGGCUGGUGGGCCAGAAGGGCCAGGCCAACUACGCGGCGGCCGGGGCGUUCCAGGACGCUUUCGCCACGUACCGGCGCGAUCGUGGGCUGGCAGCUUGCGCUGUGGAUCUGGGCGUCAUUGAGGAUGUCGGCUACAUCAGCGAGCGCCAGAAGAUUGCCACCCGGUUGGACAUCAACAUCUGGACGCCGAUCAAUGAGGCACUCUUGCAUCGGAUUCUGCGGGCGUCGAUUCUAGAUCAGCAUAACGUGGGGCAAGCUAGGGGAAACCCGACAGCCACGGCUCAGAUCAUCACAGGCAUCCCUUUUCCCCAGCCGGAGGGCGCAAUGCUGUUGCGCGAUGCGCGUUCGGGGCACUAG